AAAGGACAAAAUAGGAAAAGGAUUAGGGUAUAUGACAUCAAGUCAUUGAUCAUCGGAUCCUAUUGGACCGGAAUCAAUCGGUUCGGUAUUAAACUGAAAACCGGAGAAACGCCGUUAUACUUCGUCCUGCAACUGCUCCCGCCGGUCAAAGUCUGAUGGCCUAUUUCAAUCGGCCCUCCGUAGACGGUGAUUCUGACGAGCCGGCCGAUCCGUCCUUGACGACUACAUCGCAUCAUGUUUUCGAAGACGAUGCCGGAAAAUCGGUAUUCUCCAUUGCUAUCAUCGAGAAUAUGGAAGAGGAAUAUGGCCUGUAUGUGUGGCCCUGUAGUAUUAUCCUGGCUGAGUAUGUCUGGCAGCAGAAAGCACGAUUUGCUGGUGUGAAUGUCGUUGAGCUUGGUGCUGGUACUUCAUUGCCCGGAUUGGUUGCGGCUAAAUUAGGCGCCAAUGUCACCUUGACUGAUGAUGCUAAUAGAGUGGAGGUGCUGGACAAUAUUAGGAAAGUUUGUGACCUGAAUAAUCUUAACUGUAACAUAAUGGGACUUACUUGGGGGAUGUGGGACAUAUCGAUAUUCAAUCUACGACCUACAAUUAUUAUUGGGGCUGAUGUAUUGUACGAAAAUAGUGCAUUUGAUGAUCUCUUUUCUACCGUGGCCUUUCUUCUCCAAAAUUCACCGGGGUCAGUUUUUAUAACAACCUACCACAAUCGCAGUGGGCAUCAUCUCAUUGAGUUCUUGAUGGUCAAAUGGGGGUUGAAGUGUGAAAAGCUUGUUGAUGGCUUUGCAUUCUUGCCAUCGCAAAAGGCCUCCAAGCUUAGUGGCAAUAUUCAAUUGGCUGAGAUUGUUCUCAAUUGCGGAUCAGUCAAGGAGACUUCUCUGGUGAAAUGACGAACUUCAUAAGUGUGUGGUGGAAGUUUACAAGUGUUUGGUGGAGCUGUUAAGUUCAUUAGUCUUGUUCUACUUUGAUGUGAGUGAGAAUCUAUUCCUGUCUUUUUUGGAUGACCUGGUGAUAGGUUCAAUGGAAUAUUGUUUGACUUUUAAAUUUUGGAGACAACUGUUGUGAAAACUAUUGCACUCGUGCAAGUUGAAAUUUUAAUUAUGUAUACUGUAUGAAUUAACUGAUUCUGGGAGUUCUAUUGCAUAUAUUCAGGAGCUACUGUUUGCAAACCAUCAAUUAGCUAACAGUUUUUCUUUGACUCUCCUAUUGAGAAUGUCGAAUAGCUAACUUGUCACCUGCCUUAUCAGUUAUCCAUUUGCAUAAUUGUGGGUCCAUAAUGUGAAGUUGGACAACAUUUAUCACAGAUUUACAGUUCCCUGAUCCAGUGGCGUGCAAAGUUGCUAGCAGGUGUCGGCUGAAAAAAAAAACCUUGUGACUCAUCAUUCACCCAACACUUCACUAUUUUUUUAUGCCCACAAAUCUGCCGGGAGAUGGGGGAGGGAGUUGAAUCAAAUGAUUUGGUUUUUUGUUGUUGCCAAAUCUCUGUUACAUACUUUUGAGACUUGCUUAUAAGUUGUACAAUAACUUCUAUUAAACCACGAUCUAGUCUCCACCACCCCCAAAAAGGAUAGAAGUGGGAUAACUGUAUGCCUAUUUGUGGCAUAGGAAUCGAGUUCUUGAGACAUUCAUAUAAUGGGGUGUCCUGAUUCUACCCCUCUUGCCUGCCAGGGUUUCCUGCACAAGUUUUUAUUGUUUUCGGGUGCCUUAAGUUCUAAUGGAGUAGCUUUCAUCUGAAUCCUAUUAUAUUCUUAUCGAUAAAAUUCAGUUGGGUAUGAGUUGGCGAGUCUAAAAUAGACGUGGUGAGUGGAUGCAGGUAGUAGAGAGUAAAGACAACGCAAUAAAGGGAACUUUUUUCUCAAAUUGGAGACAGCUGAGAAUACGGGCAAAAAUAAAGGCAUCCCAUUGGUGAUAAUAUAGAAGAAAAUAUUUGUACCGCGAUUUCAACAGUACUGAAUACAAGCUAGUAAUGGGCACUUUACUCUCAUUACUGAAUACAAGCUAGCAAACAAAACACAUAGACUAGGAGUAGCUUUUAGUUCACUGCCCUACAAUUCUUCCUGAUCUCCUGACCUCCCGUGAUGCUACUCAUCUUGAUCAUAGAAUUAACAAAUGCACGGUUAAAAGCUUCCUUUGAGCUUGCAAACUUAUAAACAAGAUUGUUGGUCUUAGGAAAGUUGAGCAGAGCUUGAUCAGAAGAAAACAGGCCCUUCUUUUGGAGUAUCAAUCUGUAGUAAUUGUUGUCAAAUGUGGUUGGAGAAGUAUCCAUGUUAGACCCAGCAUUUUUUACCUUGUUGUUUACUGGGCACAUGUUUCGUAGACUUGCUGCGAAGGAUGGGUUCAUUUCAGGGUCAACGUUGCUGGCCGGACUGAAGUUGCGGAUUCUACCUUGGAAGGAUGAGCAAUGAGCAAAUCCUAAGAGCAACUAAGUCGUCCAGGGAUAAUCCCCUUUGUGAGAAGCUCUGUUGCAGCUGAGAUAUGUUGAAGCUUGGAGAUGGCAAUUGUAUUGUUUCACUGGCCUUUGAUAUCCUUCCAUCCUUUCUUCCUUUAGGAACAUCCCAUGUUGGACCUCCAGACUACAAGACACAAAAUUAUACCCAUUUAGAGAGAAAAUGUUUUGGACUUCAUGAUUUCAAACCAUCUUGUUUGCAAGUUGAAUUAUAUUCAUGUUUUCUUACAAGCACAAUUGCAUCUCUUGCAGCCAAAGCCAAUAUAUCAGCACAAGAGACAACACCAGGACAAUAAGAUUCCAGUUCUUUCUUCGCAUUGUCGAUCACAAAAAACGAGUGCAAAGACAGAUUAGGUGGCCCAUCUUUCUCUGCUAUGUUGUUCCCUACAGAAUUCAGCAGUAUAGAUGCAUCACAACCCUUCAAACCAAGCAAACAAACAAAACCAGUUUAGUUUUGUCAAACACAGAAGAGAAGUUUAAACCUGCUGAGAAUUCUAAAGAGAAUAAAAUACCCUAAUAAAGCAGUCAUGAAAGUGCAUCCGGAGAAGUGCAGCAGGAACAGUCUUGUCUUUAUAUGCUGCAGCCCUGACAGCUUUAGUAACGAUGAAGUCGGCACCGGGGCAUGUCUUCUCAUAGUAGUCUAAGCUCAAUGAACUUCCCAAAGACAAAACAGACAGCAGAAGAAUUGCAAAGUGUGAGAAUAGCACAGCAAAGGAGGCCAUGACCCUCAAAUAUAGGAAAUGAAAGGGUGAUAGAAGAGUUAGAAUACAAAGCCGUGACAUGAUAGCGGCCCCAGACGUUGAACAUCAAUGCAUAUAAUGGAGAAGUGAUUCUGAAGCAAUGCUGAAUCCCAACAACAUGCACGACACUGGCUGCUGUUGCUCCUUGAACCUCAACUUUUGGACUUGGGAGAGGGACAAAAUCAUGCAAAAUUUUGGUAAUAAUUAUGUUUGCUUUGGAUAAAAUAAAAGAUUUUGAAACCCAAAAAUGGUUUUACCAUACUCUUGUUGUAGUUUUUGGCAUCUUUCCUUUGGUCCCAUUAAAUUUGGUGCCACUUUAACAAAACACGGUUUUGAAGAGACCAAAUAUUCUUCAUUUAUAAAGUAAAAGGUAUGCUACUUUCAAAUUA